AUGCCGGAGCAAAAUGGGCAAGGAAGCUCAAAUCUGAAUCUUCCGUCGAGAAAUCCGCAUCAAGGGCUCAAGGAAAAGAUGAAAGCUUUGACUCUCUUGUACGAGCAGCAAAAGAGAGCCUCUUUCUCCCUCAGGAACCCUAAUCAGUCUCCGAAACCCCAAGAUCCGAGGUUUAAGACUCACGAGCUGCUCGAUUCCUGCAAGAAAGGAGAGAGAUUUCAUCGCCAAGACGGUAAAGGUUCAAACUUUGCUGACGAAGAAACCAAAGAGAACAAUGUAGCCGACGCAGAUCGAAUUUUCGGGAUUAACUCGGUUCCGGUUAAGCCUAGCGGUUCUUCUUCCACUGUGAUUAGAAAGCUCUCAAUGGGGAAUGGAGCUAGAAACGUCACAGAAGCUGAAAAGUGUGAGAGUCUCGAUGCUUGUGGGAGUCGGAUUUUGGUGUUUGUUAGGCUUAGACCAAUGGGGAAAAAGGAAAGAGAGAAUGGGUCACGAUGCUGUGUCAAGGUUUUGAACAAAAGAGAUGUUUAUCUAACGGAGUUUACCAAUGAUAACGACUACCUAAGGCUUAAGAGGCUCCGUGUUCGUCAUUUCACUUUUGACUCUUCUUUUCCCGAAACAACAACACAACGAGAAGUCUAUUCCACCACAACAGGAGAUCUUGUUGAAGCAGUUCUUGAAGGAAGAAAUGGUUCGGUUUUCUGCUAUGGUGCUACAGGAGCAGGCAAGACUUACACAAUGCUAGGGACGAUGGAGAAUCCAGGUGUAAUGGUUUUAGCAAUCAAAGAUUUGUUUGCUAAGGUUAGACAAAGAAGCUUAGAUGGGAACCAUGUUGUUCACCUUUCUUAUCUCGAGGUUUAUAAUGAAACUGUUCGAGAUUUGCUUUCACCUGGUAGACCUCUCAUACUCCGUGAAGAUAAACAGGGAAUUGUGGCUGCUGGUCUCACCCAAUAUAGAGCUUAUUCCACGGAUGAGGUUAUGGCUUUGCUCCAAAGGGGAAACCAAAACAGAACUACCGAGCCAACUCGUUGCAAUGAAACAUCUUCUCGCUCACACGCCAUCCUUCAGGUCAUCGUGGAGUAUAAGACUAGAGAUGCAUCCAUGAAUAUCAUCAGCCGAAUUGGGAAGCUAUCUCUCAUCGAUCUUGCGGGCUCGGAAAGAGCGUUAGCAACUGAUCAAAGGACGCUUAGAUCCCUUGAAGGAGCCAACAUAAACAGGUCACUUCUUGCGUUAAGUAGUUGCAUUAACGCGCUUGUGGAAGGCAAGAAACAUAUUCCUUACAGAAACUCAAAGCUCACACAGCUGCUCAAAGACUCACUAGGCGGAUCCUGCAACACGGUGAUGAUUGCUAAUAUAAGUCCAAGCAGUCAUUCGUUUGGUGAAACUCAGAACACUCUCCACUGGGCAGAUCGAGCCAAGGAGAUUCGCGUGAAGGGAUGUGAAGUGAAUGAAGAAAUGGUUCAAGUGGGUGAACAAGAAGGGCCUGAUCAGGCCAAGCUCUUGUUAGAGCUCCAGGAAGAGAACCGUGAGUUGCGUGUCCAGCUCGCGAAACAGCAGCAGAAGCUUUUGACUCUUCAAGCAGAGACCACGGCAGCUGCCAAUAACAACAACAUUUCUCAGACACCUCCAUCAAUCUCAUCUCUAAUGACUCCACCGUCUGCAUUAACAGCUCAGCAGAAGAAGAAACCGAGGCAUUCGCUGUUGUCGGGAACAUGUUUCACACCAGAAUCAUCCAAAAAGAGAAAAGCAGAAGAAGCUGUGAAGGAGCUUCAGCUAACUGUGAAGGCAUUGAAGAUGGAGAUGGAGAGAAUGAAGAGGGAACAUGGGUUGCAGAUGAAGAAGCAAAAAGAUGAACUAACGAAAGAACUUUGUAGUAAAAAGAGCGAGAAAACUCCAGAAAGAAGCAAAGAAACAAGGAGGAUGGUCACAAGAGGGAGCUUGAGACCAAAGGAGAAGGAGCUGAAAAGCCCGAGUCAUCGGUUUGCAUCACCAGCUGCAACAGCUAAAAAGAGAAGCUUUUGGGACAUAUCCGUAGCUAAUAGCCCUUCGUUGGAUAGAAGGAAAACGAGAAGCCAUGUUCCUGUUCAUCAAGAAGCUCCUUCAAUGCUGCUUCAGGCCCAUUGGAAUUUUAACAGAGGUCCAUUAGACAAGAGAAGAAAAGAGAAGAUGCCGGCGGCGAAGCAGAGAACCCCGAAAGUGAGCCGAAACCCCGAUCUUAUCAGGGGGGUCGGCAAAUACUCUCGCUCUCAAAUGUACCACAAGAGGGGUUUGUGGGCAAUUAAGGCCAAAAAUGGCGGCGUUUUCCCCCGUCACGACGCUAAGUCCAAGGUCGAAGCUCCGGUAGAGAAGCUGGCCAAGUUUUAUCCAGCCGAAGACGUAAAGAAACCGCUCGCCAACAGGCGUAAGCCAAAGCCUACCAAGCUAAAAGCAAGCAUCACUCCAGGAACUGUGUUGAUCAUCCUUGCCGGUAGAUUCAAGGGGAAGAGAGUUGUCUUUCUCAAGCAGCUUCCUUCUGGUUUGCUUUUGGUAACAGGACCCUUCAAGAUCAAUGGUGUUCCAUUGAGACGUGUGAACCAGGCCUACGUCAUUGGAACUUCCACAAAGGUUGACAUUUCUGGGGUCAACACUGAGAAAUUCGAUGACAAGUACUUUGGCAAGGUUGCUGAGAAGAAGAAGACUAAAACUGAAGGCGAGUUCUUUGAGGCAGAGAAAGAGGAGAAGAAGGAGAUCCCACAAGAGAAGAAAGAAGAUCAGAAAACCGUUGACUCAGCUGUGAUCAAAGCCAUUGAAGCAGUGCCGGAGCUCAAGACUUACCUCGGCGCCAGGUUCUCGUUGAAACAAGGAAUGAAACCCCAUGAGCUUGUCUUUUAGAUUUCAUAUCGUUUUGUUUCCCCUCAAAUUUCAAGAAUAUCUUUGUUUUCCCUGAGUUUUUGUCCUCAAUCGUCCAUGGAUCUUGAAAGACACUAUUUUCUCUUAAUUCUAUAUAUCAUGCAUCAUCAUUUCUAAGCUUAAAACUCGUUUGUUAAAAAAAUGAAAAAUGGUAAUAAGAAUUAUAAUGAUGAUCACGAAUUUAUUUUUAAUCCGAAAUAAUCAACAGCAGAUUUUGCCAUAAUAGAAGCAAAUUCACCGAAGCUUAUAACACCAUCACCGUUUGUAUCAGCUUCUUUGAUCAUCUCCGUUAGUUCUCUAUACGUCAACGGUUGUCCCAUCUUGGCCAUUGCUCCAGCCAAUUCGGCCGCGCUGAUGAAUCCGUUACCAUCUCUAUCGAACGAUUUGAAAAUGUCGAGUAGCUGUUCGGAAUUGAUUAGGAUCUCUUCGUUCAGGUCUGGAAGAAUCGUGCCUACGAGCUCUUCGAAUUCGACAAAACCGUUGCCGUUUGAGUCCAUACUUGCUAACAGAACGUGGAUUUGGUCUCCCGAUGGUUUCAGACCGAGUGACCGGAGAAGCGCCGCGAGUUCUAAGAUCGUUAAGCUUCCGUCUGCGUCCAUGUCGAACCGAUCGAAAAUGUCUUUUAAUUGUCUUAGCUGAUCCUCCAUUGUUUCUCUUUUUCCUCAAUAUCAAAAUCGAUUUUUUUUUCCUUUGGGAAGACAAUAUCAAACUCGAUUAAUCAAUGUCGACGAGAAAUAUUGAUGAGAUGAGAGAUUUACAAUGAUUAACGAGGAGAUUAAAAUCGAUUUUUUUUUCUCUCUUGGUGAAUUUAAAAUUGGAAUUCCGAAUUUGUUUUGAUGUUUU